AUGUCACCUCCUCAAACGGAGAAGGAAAUUCGAGGGUUUUUAGGAAGGAUCCAAUACAUUAGUCGGUUCAUUUCUCAACUAACAGCCAUAUGUGAAUCGAUCUUCAAAUUACUGAAAAAGGAUCAACCUAAGGGGUGGAAUCCUCAAUGCCAAUUGGCUUUUGAUCGCAUCAAGAGCUACCUGGUAAACCCACCAAUCCUCAUUCCCCCUACUCCCAGAAGGCCAUUGUUGUUGUAUCUCUCUGUAUUAGAAACCUCCAUGGGAUCGAUGGUGGCUCAGCAUGGGCCAGAUGGGCAUACAGAGCAAGCAAUUUAUUACCUUAGUAAGAAGUUCACAGACUGUGAGACAAGGUACACAACCCUGGAGAAGACUUGUGCAGCUUUGGUUUGGGCAACAAGGAGGUUGAGACAUUACAUGUUGACCUAUUCAGUCUUUUUAGUAUCCAGAAUGGAUCCCAUCAAGUAUCUUUUUGAGAAACCCGCGUUGACGGGCAGAUUAGCACGUUGGUUAUUGCUCUUAGCGGAGUUCGACAUUGUGUAUGUCACCCAGAAGUCCAUCAAGGGUAGUGUCAGUGCUGAACAUCUAUCUGCACAUCCAGUUGUUGAUACAAGGCCUUUAAAUGACAUAUUCCCAGAUGAAGAUGUAGUUUCUGUUGAGGUUGAAAAUGAGGUUGGCAGUUGGCAAAUGUUCUUUGAUGGAGCCACCAAUCACAAAGGUUGCGGAGCUGGAGUUCUACUUAUAACUCCUGAAGGGUUGAACAUGCCCAUGGCAUAUAGGUUGGACUUCGAGUGCACCAACAACAUGGCCGAGUAUAAAGCUUGCCUCAUGGGAUUGAAAGCAGCCAUCUCUAUUGGGGUCAAAAGAUUGGAAAGGGACAUUAACAGGUUUGCCGAUGCUUUGGCUACUCUCGCAUCGAUGGUUGAUUUUGGUCCGGGUGAGCAAAUACAACGAUUCAUUAUAGAUCGGAGAGAUCAUCCUUCGCAUCAAGGCUUCGUCAAUGCCCUGACAGUAGAUGGUAGGCCUUGGUUUGCCCAUAUUGUGGAUUUUAUCAGAGAGGGGAAGUACCCUGCAGAUGCUACCCAAGGAGAUAAAAGGUUCCUGAGACGUUAUGCCACCCAAUUCAUAUUACACGAAGAUAUUUUAUACAAGCGAUCUUUUGAUGGUGUACAACUGGUGUGCGUGGAUGAAGAUCAAGCACAGACAAUCUUGGAGCAAGUACAUCAGGGAAUCUGUGGCCCUCACAUGAAUGCUUGUAUGUUGGCUAAGAAAAUUCUCCGCUUAGGGUAUUUUUGGAAUACACUAGAAGCCGAUUGCACAGAAUUUGUGAAGAAGUGCCAUAAAUGUCAGAUUUUUGCCAACCUCAUCCAUGUGCCCCCAACAGAAUUGCACACGCUAAGUUCUCCGUGGCCUUUUUCCACUUGGGGUAUCAAUGUGAUCGGAAAAAUUAACCCCAAAGCUUCGAACGGGCAUGAGUUUGUGUUGGUAGCUAUUGAUUACUUCACCAAAUGGGUAGAGGCUCAGUCAUACGCAAAACUCACAGCGGCAAAGGUAGCCAAAUUUUUACAAGAACAUAUCAUUUGCCGACAUGGGAUGCCCCAUGAGGUGAUUUCUGACCAAGGUCAACAUUUUAGGGGCAAGGCACAGGAGUUGUGUGACCAAUUCAGGAUUGCAAGGCACAGGUCUUCUCCUUAUAGCCCUCAAACCAAUGGAGCGGUUGAAGCAGCAAACAAAAACAUAAAGGUCAUACUCCAGAAGAUGGCUGAUAGGAACAAUGAUUGGGAUGACAAAUUACCUUAUGCCUUAUGGGCUUAUCGGACUUCAAUUAGAACUCCAACUGGGGCAACUCCGUACUCUUUAGUAUACGGGAUGGAAGCAAUCCUCCCGGUUGAGCUAGAGGUCCCCUCUCUUAGAAUUCUCAUGGAGAGUCAGAUUCCAGAAGCGGAUUGGCUUAAGUCGAGGUACGAGGAGUUGAACCUCAUUGAUGAAAAAAGGAUGAAGAGAGCACCCAUUCAUGAUCCAAGGGGCAAGUUUAGGCCAAACUGGAGUGGCCCUUUUGCAGUGAAGGAAAUCCUCCCGGGGAAGGCAAUAAUACGCCUUGUAGAUCUUGAUGAUCAAGAACUGCAGCACCUGACCAACUUAGAUCAGCUGAAAAAGAAAUCCGAAUUGUGUUUUGUUGCCAUUAUUAUCAUGGAUGUCACUUUCCGCCAAUGGAUGGUAGUAAUAAGGGAUGACGACCCUGAAGUCCUUGAAGAAGUGCACCUUCAUGCACUCUUUCAGCUCCAACGCAUCAGUCCAUGUCGUGCUUUGAUACAUGAGGCAUCUCGUUUCUGGAUCCGAGAACUUCACGUUUUUUGA